AUGACUGUGGGAUGCGAAAAUUUAUCGCUCCAAGUAACCAAAGAUCAUAGAAUUGAGAUUAGACAAUCCCUGAUCAACAAACCUUCUAAAGGUGAGGUUUUGAUCAAUGUGAAAGCAACCGGGAUAUGUGGUUCGGAUAUCCACUUUUGGAAGAAAGGAUGUAUUGGAGAUUUAAAGGUUUUAGGUAACUGUGUCUUGGGACAUGAAGCUGCUGGGAUAAUUUUAGAGGUUGGUGAAGAAGUAGACAAUUUGAAAGUUGGUGAUAGGGUUUCCAUUGAGCCAGGAGUCCCAUGCGGGAUAUGUUUUCUAUGUACUCAAGGUGAUUAUAAUCUUUGUGAGGAUGUCAAGUUCAUAGGCGUGUAUCCUAAUCAUGGGUCCAUGCAGAAAUAUCUUACUCAUGAUGCAAGAUUCGUCUAUAAAUUACCAGAGAAUAUGUCAUACGCUCAAGGAGCGUUAGUUGAGCCGAUUUCAGUAGCUUAUCAUGGGAUUGAAAGAUCUAAGUUGAAGUUGGGUGAAGGGGUAUUGAUUUCUGGAGCGGGACCAAUAGGGUUAGUUUCUUUGUUGUUAGCAAAGGCUUCAGGAUCCACCCCAUUGUGCAUGACUGAUUUAAGUAGCCAAAGGUUGGAGUUCGCUAAGAGUUUAGUUCCUGAAGUAAAGACAUAUAAGGUUGACAUUAAAACAUCACCUCAGGAAAAUGCUAAGAAAAUUAGGAAAUUAUUUGGUACCGAAGAAUCACAAGGUCCUCAUGUUACGUUAGAAUGUACAGGCGUUGAGAGUAGCAUUAUUUCUUGUGCAUAUGUUACUAGAAGAUCGGGUACUUUGAUGAUUAUUGGAGUAGGCAGUGAUACUAUUAAUAAUUUCCCCUUUAUGCGUUUAUCAUUAGCUGAAAUUGAUGUUAAGUUUAUUAAUAGGUAUCAUGAUUCGUGGCCCGCAGUAAUAAGAUUGAUAAGCGAAGGUGUAAUCGAUGUUGAUCUGUUAAUUACUCAUAGAUUUCCUAUGGAAAAAGCUGUUGAUGCGUUGACUUUAUCUUCAGAUCCAAGGCGCGGAAGUAUCAAAGUGAUUAUUGAAGACCAAGAUAUAGGUGAAGCUAUAGUCUUAUAG